AUGCAAUCCGAGGUGCAUCUCAAUGGUACUGGCAGCAAACUACGCGUGGGCAGCCGUAGGUACGGGGAGGAGGCGUCCAUGGACCUCCCUCCAGACAAGGCGAAGCUGCUGAAGCAAUACGACGACGAAAAGAAAUGGGACAUCAUCUGCGAUCAGCUCUCACUUUCACUCUCAUUCUUAGCUCAAUCCAAACCAUCUCUUCUUCACCCCGGUGACUUCAAUGCGUCGCCGCCUCCUGAUUGGCGUGUGCGAGAGGUCUUUGGCAGCAUGCUCACAGCGCCAAUAGUUCAAGUGCCGAUGGAACCACCAUUCUCCGAAUCGGCUGUUCCCUCUCACUGGGAGCCAAGUAGCCAGCUGAGAGAAUGUGGAAUGACGUCACCGGUGGGUGAUUCAGAAGCGAAGAAGGUAGGGGAAGCGGUACCUGAAGGAGUGUUGUGGUCCUGUUACGUCUGGCGGUCAGCCAUUGCUUUAACAUGUAAUGAAAACUUAAUGGCUUGUGAUGUGUUGAGUAAUGAGUAUGGAUAUGGAUUUCGUGAUGGAGAGGCAAGGAAUAUGGAUGAACCAAACCUCGCAUCCCGUAGAAGAUAA